AUGACAGACCUACCCAGAGCCGACGGGUUCCACCACCCGUCUCUGUCGCCCGUGGCGUCUAUCGGGCGCAACCUGUCCCCGACUGCCCCGGGCCCUCGUCCACAAAUGCCAGGCAACGACUUCUUUGAGGCCACCACCAACACCUCUGGAGCGGCCAACGGACGGAAACGCGGCCGCGACUCGGGUGCGAUGAACGGCGGCGACAGGCGCAGCAGCGAAAAGACGAGUAGCCCGCCGCUAAAGGACAAGGACGGGAGCUCCAAAGACGCACCGCCAAGCAUCCUCGUCCGCGAGAAGAAGCAAAAGGCGUGCUCCAACUGUCGCCGCGCCAAGCUCAAAUGCAUUGUCGAAGAGAACCAGACCGACUGCGUGCGUUGUUGCGCGCGCAAGGAAAAGUGCAUCUUCUACCCUCGUGGCCAUGACGAGGACUGGCAACAGACCCUCACGAGCGACAUGUACAGUGCGAUUGGUCACCUUGCCCACCUCUCCGCUGCCGUCCACCACAUUCUCGACCACUUGACAUCCCAAGGUGCCGUGCCGCCCUUUGAACCUCCCCUUCCUCGCUUUGAGGCACCCGACCGAGACCUCGCCGUUAUCCAAGGAUGGACAGCGGAGCGCAAUCGCGCGCUGGGGGCAGACGGUGGGCGUAAGCGCCGCAAGGGCGUGAAGAAGGAAGAAGAUGAUGAGGACGACGAGAGGGAGCUGUCCGAGAUGCCCCAGUUUGUGGCCGACUACCCCGCAGUCGUCCCCCCUGGCGUCGUCCGCCCAGCCGACAUGCACACAACGCAGCAACAGCGCUUUGAGCGUAUCAGCUCGACGACCGAUCUCUCGUUCUCGUCCGGCGUGCCGCAGAUUCCCCUCAGCGAGGUCGACAUUGGCUUCAGCUAUGCCCUGCCGCCCACAAACGGACGGGCCGACAGCACGCUCAGUGCAGGGCCAGACACGCAGCCCUCGGGGACUGGAAUCACACCCGAUGCGCUCAACUCCAUCUCCCCAGUCGACAACACUUUCAGUGUGUCCAUCGUCGACUCGGGCACCCCGAGCUCGCAGAUCCGGCAGGGACAGGGAUACCCGAGCCAGCAGGGGAUCUUUGGUCUCCUCAACGGUCCCCGGUCCAACGCGUCUCCCUCCAGCGCCAUCGUGGCGCCAGUGCCCAACAUGUCAGACACGCUGGGCUCGGCUGACCCACGCCCCAACAUUGUCAAGCGUGGUCUGCUGCCCAACACCGAGGCCCUGGGUCUCGUCAACUAUGUCAUGUGCCUCGUUGCGUCAGAGCGCGUGGGACAAGCACACGAACAUCGCCCUCUUCUCGCUCGCGAGGUCACGCAGCUGCUCAUCAACUCGCCCGCCGACAGUUUUAUUAGUACGCUGGACCCGUCGUUUGGUGGCGGUUCCCGCACAAAGGACGAGGAUGGCGAGGAGGAACUCGACCCCGAGCUUGGUAUCGGCCCCGAGGAGAUUGUCGGCGCGUGUAUCCUCGCAACGUUCAUGACCGAGCGCGACCAGGCGGCCACCAUCGCGUCGUCGGCAUUCAAAUGGGCGCGGGGUUGGAUCAAGUGGACGUCGCUUACUGUCCCGCUGCCCCCGACGCUUGGCGAGGUCUGCGGUCUCCUGCCCAUCAAGCGCGACGCCACACGCGAGGACAUGGCUCGCGUCUGGCUCCUGUGCUACAUUGUGGACGGCACCGAGGCCCUCCAGCGCGAUAACCCGCCACCACCACGCCGCGACCCCAUGGCCUACUGCCACGUCCUCGUCCCGGACUCUCCCCUCCCUGGCGACCGCUACAGCCCGCACGACAUCCUCCUCACCUUCCACGCGCGCCUCAUCACCCUUCUGCGGGACUGGUAUCACCGUCGCUCGCAGCACGGGGCCGCCGUCGCAGGCUCCAAUGUCGCUGCCCAAGUGGGCGCCCAUGCCCGUUUGGCAUCGAGCAUCAACGCCAGCCUUGAGUGGUGGCGCGCCGACCUCGAGAGUCACCAGCUGGAUCCCAACUGGAUGCGCCACAUCAACCUGUUCUGGGAGUUUGCCCGCAUGCUCGUCAAUGCCACGUCGGCCAAGAGCCUGGGCGGCAACCCCCGUCUCCGCGCUGCGGCGUGGGCACACGGCGUCGAGGCCGCAGUUGGGUUCCUGGAAAAGUGCAAUGCCUGGCCGCAAAAGGAGGAGCUGUCGAGUCUCCCUCCAUGUUAUUUGUCGAUGAUCACCCUCGCAGGAUCCGUGCUCGUCGACGCAAUCAAGGACCAAGGUGUCGCCGAGUGUCCCUUCCAAUCCGAAGAGGCCAUCCCACUCCUCAACAACGUCUCGGACAUGCUCGCGGGCGGUGGCCUCCCGCCGUCCCAUGUGGCGCGGACCGCCGGCCAGACAUUAAGAGGGUAUUCAGAACAGCUGGCGCAGUUUUCCUAA